ACUCCCCCUUUUUUUAUCUUCUUCAAAUACUUUCGUUUUUUCAAUUAGGGUUUCGUUCAUCCCUUCCGCAUACCUUUCGGCUAAAACCCUAAUUCCUUCCGAUCUCUGCUUUCUAGUCGUUACCACCCAUUUCCCGCCAAUUUUGGCUUCGUUUGAGCCCGUUGACUACCUGUAUUUCAAAUACCAGCCGUUGGAUAAGCUGCAUUCUGCGUUUUUUUUUUUUUUUUGAAUUUGACUUUGACUUGUCGGUGUUGAUAUGUCGACGGCGGAAACGGAGAGGAGGGUCGAGGAGGAGGGGGAGAACAAGGGAGGGGAGUUGUUGUUCUGUGGUGGUACUUGUUGGGACAUUAUUGGUCGUAAGAAAGGUCCUGUUGAAGGCAAUUUGGUCUCUCCUACUCGCCUCCGCCCCCUUGUUGGUGUGGAUAUCCGGUUUGUUGCCUCCGGUUGUGCAUCUUGUCAUUGUGUGGCAUUGGAUGUUGAAGGGCGUUGCUAUACAUGGGGCCGCAAUGAGAAAGGUCAACUGGGUCAUGGAGAUAAGAUUCAGCGUGAUAGGCCAACUGUUGUUUCUGGACUCUCAAAGUAUAAAAUUGUUAAAGCUGGGGCUGGAAGGAGCCAUACAGUGGUAGUCACUGAUGAUGGAAAUUCCCUAGCUUUUGGCUGGAACAAGCAUGGACAGCUGGGCUCUGGUUCUACAAGAAAUGAAAACGCGUUAUCUCCUGUUAGCUGUCUGGUGUCUGAAGUGAAAACUACUGCCUGUGGAGCUGACUUCACUGUUUGGUUAUCCUCUAAUGAAGCAGAAUCAAUAUUAACUGCAGGCCUUCCCCAGUAUGGUCAGCUUGGGCAUGGGACAGACAAUGAGGUACUUGGACAAAGCUUAUUUUUAUGAUUUUUGCAUUUUUCAGUCUCUUCUUUUUCUCUCUAUCUAUUGUAUUUGUGCAUCAAUUACUUUGUUAUUAUUGCUGAAUGUGAUAAGUACCACAAGUUUCACUUAUUAUGUCAUAUUUUCUCUGACAGAAAUGUCUCGAACUAUGAUCUUGGUAGUUGUUUUGGUCUUGCAAUUUGAUUUAUCCACAAAUACAAGCAUUAUUGCUGG